AUGACAAUCACCUGUGGAUUCGACUUUAGCACCCAGCAGGUCAAGGCGGUGAUCGUGGACAAUGCGACGUCGUCCGUGAUUGAUGAGGCAACCGUGCACUUCGAUGACGAUCUGCCACAUUACAGGACAGUUGGCGGCUGCAUACAGGACGGCCUGCGGGUCACAUCGCCGACGCUGAUGUGGGUCGAGGCUCUGGAUCUGGUCCUGAACCGCAUCCUGAGGAAUGGAGUCGAUAUGUCCAAGAUCCGAUCAAUCUCGGGCUGUGGCCAGCAACAUGGGAGUGUCUACUGGAAGCUGGGAUCCCACAAGCUCCUCCAGAAUCUAUCACCCCAUAGGCCGUUGAGAGACCAGCUGGCGAGCGCCUUCGCCACCAACGACUCGCCCAUCUGGCAAGAUUCGAGCACCCACAAGCAAUGCGAAGAAAUAGAGGCGGCCAAAGGCGGACCUGAACGACUCGCUGAGAUUACCGGAUCGCGCGCUUACGAGCGGUUUACGGGCGAACAGAUUGCAAAAAUCGCGAACGAACAGCCCGCGGUUUACUCUCGGUGCGAACGAAUCUCGCUUGUCAGCUCCUUUGCGGCGUCGAUUCUGAUUGGCGGCUACGCCGGAAUCGAUAUGGCCGACGGAAGCGGCAUGAACCUGCUCGAUAUUUCGACUCGCACGUGGGAUGAAGAUCUUCUCGAGUACUGCGGUGGCCCGGAGGGCCCGAAGGCUCUGAGACGUCGCCUUGGCGAACCUGUUUUGUCGCAGUCGGUGCUCGGAUCCAUCUCCCGUUACUUUGUCGAGCGAUAUGGCUUCGAUCCAGAAUGCAAGAUCGUGGCAUUUACCGGCGACAAUCCUUCGACGCUGGCCAGCUUCCCAACCCAGGACGGCGAUGUGAUUGUCUCGCUUGGGACAAGCGACACUGUGUUCAUGACCCUCUCGAAGCCCCGGCCCUCCCUGGACGGGCAUGUCUUUUGCCACCCGCUCUACAGCCAAAAGUUCAUGGCCAUGCUAUGCUACCGCAACGGGUCGCUGGCUCGGGAGAGGAUCCGAGACAAGCACGCCGAUGGCUCCUGGGAUCGCUUCAACUCCGUCGUCGAGCAGCAUGAAGCCGGAUGCGGCGGACGGGUUGGGUUUUACUACUUUGAUCCUGAAAUCACCCCGCGGGCACACGGGGUCUUCAGGUUCGAGGACCACAGACUUGUGCCCGAGUUUCGGCUCGACCCAUCCGAGAGCCCCUACGAUCCGCGUGCGAUCCUGGAAAGCCAAUUCCUCUCGAUGCGAUACCAUGCCGAAGCCAUCGGACUGUCUCCAAAACGCAUUGUUGUAACGGGAGGUGCCUCGGGCAACAAGACCAUCGUGAAGGUGCUCUCGAAUGUGUUUGGUGUGCCUGUGCUUCAAACGCAGCAGGUGAACUCGGCCGCCCGCGGGGGUGCACUGAGAGCAGCGAUGGCGCUUGAUUCCGAGAUGUGUCUGGAUGAGCGAUCCCUGCUCUUGGCUGCUGUGCCCGACACCAAUUACAGCAAUCUCUAUUCAGCCAUGUUGGAUGAAUACGCGCUGCUGGAAAGAGAAGUCUGUGUUCUCGGACAAUUCUAG